AUGCAGUGCGCUUUGGAAAGCGAUGCAGCCAGCGCCGACGGUACGGGAAGGGGCGGGCUGCAAGUACCUAUGCAGAAGCAAUGCAAACACGCAACAACUGCAGCUAUCCUGGUUGAUACCACCACGGCCUUGUCUCUAUAUGAGGAUGCCAAAUACAUAACGGCUUGCAGGUAUCUGUUCAACAGUCCAUAUUUACAUGCAUACGACACACAGCAGUGCAGGGUGCUCUCGACCAAUGGAAGCGACCUGCCUCGUCUACAAGACGACAAAGAGCAAAAGCCCAAAGGCAUAGACGCUACCCCGUAG